UAAAACUAAAACAUUUUCUGUUGCAAUUAGUGUGAGGUAAAAUCUUAGUUUGACUGGACUAAUUAAUGCUGAAGUUUCCGGACAGGUUGAUAACAGUUAAUGAUUGACAAACCACGGGCUAUUGACAAUCCACAUGUGAUAUAUACGGCGUAUUCUGUUCAGGAUAAUAGAAACUUAAAUCAAGAUGGCGGCGAUGAAGAUGAUAAUAGAUGUGGACACUGGCGUAGACGACGCUUCAGCCAUAAUGUUAGCACUGGCCAGACCGGAAGUAGAGGUGGUGGCAAUAACUUGUGUUAAUGGCAAUGUCGGAAUUGAGGAUGUAUGCCGGAAUACUCUCAGAGUUUUGAAAGUGUGCAACAGACUUGAUAUACCAGUUUAUAAAGGUGCAGAAAAAUCUAUUUUGGGCGAAGGAGAACAAGCUUCACAUUACCAUGGCAACGAUGGACUAGGCGAUGCACCGAAUCACGAACCUGUAGAUGUUACCAUGAUUAAAAAGGAACAUGCUGUAAAUGCUCUUUUACGAUUGGUCAACGAAAAUCCAGGAGAAAUAACAUUAGUGGCUUUGGCACCAUUAACAAACAUUGCACUAGCCCUCAGACUUGAACCUGACUUCGGCAGCAAGUUAAAAGAAGUUUUCAUUAUGGGAGGAAAUAUAGAAGGAAAGGGAGGUGAUAGACUUGGAGCUGAAUUCAAUUUCUUUGCUGAUCCAGAAGCUGCUUACGUCACAUUACAAGAGCUUCAUUGUCAAACUACGAUAGUUUCCUGGGAACUGUGUAAAUCUGUAGGUGCAGGGGUUUCUUGGGAUUGGUAUAACCAAUGGGUGGAAGUGGACAGCAAUAAGGCACGUUUCUUUAAAAAGAUCUGCCACAUGACAGCUGAACGGAACAGAAAUAUCAUCAAAACAGAAGACUUUUCUUUGUGUGACCUAUUAGCUAUGGCUUUAGCUAUUGAUAAUAAUAUAAUAACGGAGUAUUUACAUGUAUGGUCAACUGUGGAAUUAGGUGGAGUUCAUACCAGGGGUCAGCUAAUUUCUGACUGGAGAAAUAAAACCAAAAAUCCUCCAAACGUCAGAAUAGUAAAGAAAUUUAGUAUUGAGAAAGCCAAAGAAUACUAUAUGUCCAUGGUUCUUUAACCAAUGUAAGUCUGUAGUUUAUACUCUUUGAAUAAAGUUUAGACUGUCAAACAAUGGUA